AUGGCCAGCAAACGCAGUUCUGUAUUUCGCAUGUCGAGCACCAAUACCGCUAACGGUUCGGCUGCCAAGUCCAAUGGCGCAGCAGCUAUCGACAAAGAUUUCCAAGCUCCUAAUAGCGUAAACGCGCCAAAGGUUCUGAAGGAGAUACGCGAGCAGAUCAAGAAAGGGUUGCCCGUCAAUCUCAAUACAACCACUGUGUCUGCGAUCAUUGAUCUGGUCCGGCAUAAAGAGGCUCUUGACGACAGAAAGCUUCUGCUUGAACAUGCGCUUUCAUUCGUUUCGAAACUUGAGGACGGCACACUGGCUCGUACUCUGAAGGAUAAAAUUGUUCAAUUAUUGUACAAUGACCUGAGCCACCCGCCUGCUACAAGCAUAAGUAACAAAUACGCCUGGCGUACCGCUGAUGGUUCAUACAACAAUAUCGAUAUUCCUGAUUUGGGAAAGGCAGGUACACCAUAUUCGCGCUCUGUCCAACAAAGCCAUCCGUUGCCCCGAAAUCAACUUCCUGAUGCGGGAUUGAUUUUUGACACUCUUCUUAGAAGAGAAGGGUUUGUGAAGCAUCCAGGUGGAUUAUCUUCUUUAAUGUUUUCCUUUGCGGCUCUUGUUAUUCACAGCGUGUUUCGCACGUCGCAUCGGGACUGGAAUAUCAACGAAACCUCUUCUUAUGUUGAUCUUGCCCCUUUAUAUGGGAACAGUCAGAAAGAUCAGGAUCGCAUCCGAAAGCGUGAUGGAUAUGGUACUUUGUAUCCUGAUGUCUUCGCCGAGGACAGGUUGUUGCUUCUCCCACCUGCUGUUUGUGUGCUGUUGGUCCUAUUCAAUCGCAACCAUAACUACAUCGCUGCCAAGCUCUUGGAAAUUAAUGAGCGAGGAACCUAUGUGGAUCCCGCCACGGUCUCGAUGGAUGACCCAGCAUCAAAGGCAAAAAUUCUGGCACAAGAAGAAGAAAUAUUCCAAAUUGCUCGCCUCAUAAACUGCGGAUGGUUCGGAAUGAUUGUGUUCUCUGACUACUUCUCCACCAUUCUUGGCCUCGUGAGAGAUGGGAGUAGCUGGAGCUUGACGCCAUUUGACGAAAUCAGGCUUGAUGAUCAUUCAUGUUUUGAAAGAGGGAAAGGUAAUCAGUGCAGUGUGGAGUUCAAUUGUUUAUAUCGUUGGCAUGCAACGACUAGUCAAGAAGACGAACAAUGGACCUCCAAAAUUUUCGACCAGCUUUUUGAGGGAAAGCCGUCAGAUGAAGUCACUGUUGACGAUUUCAAGACAGCUGCGAUGCGAGCGCAAAGAAUGCAGCCAGAUAUUACUCACUGGACAUUUGGAGGCUUGCAACGGAAAGCAGAUGGUUCUUUCAGCGACGAUGAUCUCGCCAAUGUUUUGCAAAACGCCACAGAGCACCCUGCCGGUGCCUUCAGAGCUCGUGGAACGCCAUCCAUCAUGCGGCUCAACGAAGUCAUGGGUAUUGAACAAAAUCGUAAAUGGGGUGUCUGUUCCUUAAACGACUUCCGCAAGUAUCUAGGUCUUAAACCAUUCUCAACAUUUUUGGAAUGGAAUUCCAAUCCCGAGAUCGCAGAGGCUGCGGAGAAGCUUUACGGCAACAUUGAAUAUCUUGAACUUUAUGUUGGAUUGCAAGCGGAAGAAGCUAAGCCUCUCGUAGAUGGUGCAGGUCUUUGCCCAGGGUACACAAUCAGUAGAGCCAUUCUCAGUGACGCUAUUGCUCUCACUCGUGGAGACAGAUUCUUUACUCAUGACUUCACCCCUUACAAUCUCACAGCAUGGGGCUUCGCUGACUGUCAGAGAGAUCCCAAUGCUUUUGGAUUUGGGAGCACUUUAGGCCGUCUCCUUUUGCGCGUACUUCCAAACAACUACACAGAAAACAGUAUCUAUACUUUCUUCCCUCUUAUGACUCCAGAGUCUAUGAAGACCAAUCUGACCAAGUUGGGCGUUGUUGGUCAAUAUGAUUUAAACCGCCCUCAGCCUAAGUCUACAACAAUCUCGGUUGAAGGACACGCCCGUGUAUCGUCAAUUCUCAACAACACAGAAGGCUUCGUUACUCCCUACAAACAAAGAGUGGAUCGCAUACUUCGCCAGAACAAAGGAUUCUUCCCUAUCGAGAGCGAGCAAGAACAACGGGCAAUAAUCUCUGCAUUAUGUGGUGGUGCUGAUCUUUCCGAUGCAAUUGGCAACUACUUCUAUCAGUCGACGAAGAAACUUAUCAAUGCAAAUUCCUACAACUUGGUAGGAGGAAAAACUUCCGGCAUUGACAUAGUAAAGCAAGUUUUGACGACUGUGCCUGUUUACUGGGUAGCCACAGACUUGGCGGGCAUCCAGCUUAGAACAACCAAACACAAUGGACCAUACACUGCGGCGGAGCUUUUCAUCUUCUUAGACGUCGAAGCAUCAAAGAUCAUGGUCUUGCAGGAGAAAGUGAAAUCCAGUGUGCAUAAACUGUUAGGUUUAAUCAGGGAAAAGCUAGGUGGAGCCGUCGGUUCAAGGAUGUCAAUUUCGGGCAUAGUCGGUACAGUAUCGACUAUUCUCAACAAAAAGCAAAAGACGGAAUACAAUGAUAUCGUCAAACGCCUAUAUGAACUCGGGCAUUCCACUGACAAACUUGCCAAUACUAUUCUUGCUUUGAUGGUUGUCUCUGGCGUUGAGCUUUCCUUAGCUGCAACCAACACUGUCAAUUUCUAUGUCGCUUCUGAGCAGGCCACAGCACUUUCCAAACUUGCUAAAGCAGCUGAAAAGGACACUCCUUUCCAUGGCUAUGUCUAUGAAGCUUUGCGUCUUGACCCCACCUUCCGAGGUGUUUUCCGCAUCUCCACCAAGGAUCAAGUUAUUGACGGUCAGAAUUUCAAGAACGGUGACCGUGUGUUUUUGAACACUGCUUCAGCCAACGUUGAUGAGUAUGCGUUCAGCAACCCCACUGCAAUCGAUUUGAACCGCUCAACAAAAGGCAGGCUGUACCCUGAUGGGGUGUUCAAGUAUCUUGGGGAAGACCUCACCAUUAAAAUUGUAUCUCAAAUUUUGCGUGGAAUUUUCGAGUUCGACAAUGUUCGCCUCGCUCCGGGACAGUCCGGUGUUCUGCAAAGAUUCAAAAACCACACUCGCCAGGAGUUAUGUUAUGCCUAUUUGGACAACACUCAACUUCCUUCUGAAUGGCCAACUUCGAUGUCUCUCCAAUUUGAUACCCCUAAGUGA